UUCCCAAAUGAUAUUAAAUAUUAAGCAUAAAUAUGGUAAGUUUGAACUCUAGUGGAUUAGCUCAAACACUCAUAUUGGUUCUCCAAAUCAUAUUUCACAAGAUAUCUAUGGCUAAAAGAGUAGACCUCUGCUAUAAUAUAAAGAGAUGUUGCAAUUCUAGUGGAGAUAUUAAGGAAGAGUUACGUUGCAAUACAAGAGAUAGACUCGGGCAUCACGAUUCUUCAAAUUUAUUAAGAGAUUCAUUUGAUUGAAGCUAAAAUUGUUUUUCGAAAUCUGUUCAAAAUUUCAGCAAAAAUACUUUUAAUUCUAAAUUUUAACCAAGAAUUUUCAUUAAUAAUUUCAUAAAGAAGAGGGUAAAAGUAGCCAACCAAGUAAGACCAAACAGGAUGAGUAAGAACCAGGGAGCCGAGAACUCUAACGGGUAUGUUAGUAUAUCUCCCAAGCCGUUUCCACCACAAGAACUCACUAAAUUCGGAAGCACAAGUGUGCAGUUGAUACGGAAGAACUCCUUCCCUGCCAAAAAGAAUGAAGCAACUAUAUCAGCUGUCAACAAUUUGUCAGCAAUUUUGAAGAAAAAUAGCAGAAACCAACAACUAAACUUCCUAACACAAAACCCGAAAGAAAUUUCAAUUGAGCUCCCAAAAAAGUACGAUAGUCAGAUAAGGAUCCAAUCCUCCAGUAUCAAAGCCACUUAUCGAGAGGGAAAGAGGGAGAAUGGGGAUAUUUCUGGGUAUAACACUCGUUCUGGGUUCUUUCUGGGACGAACUUCCACCCUUAAAUGCCCUCAACACGAGAAAUCAAGGAAGAAAAAGAUGUCCAGAUUUUUCAAAAAUUAUCAAAAGGAAACCUCAUUGCAUCACAUGAGGAAGAUGAUGAACAGAUGCUACACUCCAAGUCUUGAGAAGACAAAGUCUCACAAAACUUUUGAGAGUGAUAUUAAGAAAAAGAUCUGUCUGAAAAUCCCAGCUAGCUCCUAUAUGGACAUCGACGAUGAGCCAUUCCAUAUUGGAUAUGGUGACGAUACGUUUCCGGACAAGCUACAGGCUAUCUGGAAGGUAGAGACUUCUAACUCAAAACAGCCUAAGUGUGAAUGAAAUAAGGUGUUUCCGAAAAACACUCCUUCGAAACAAAAGUGUUUGUAUGCUAACAGACUUGAAAAUGCUUUAAAAGUGAAAGAGUUUAAGUACGGAUCGAUCCCUUCUGAUGAAAAUCAUGCGAUUUCUCGAUCAUCCAAAAAUCUUUGAGACAUUACGGCUAUCAAAACUGAUAAGAAAAUAUGGAAAGCUAUAUUUAAAAGCAAGAGAAGUAUACGUAGAAAAAUUCCAAGGAAUUUACGAGGAAAUGCAGUCAUCCAGAAGAAGAAUCAAGCCAAGUUAAACCUAUCUGUUUCUACUAGAAGGAAGGAGGCAGAGAUUUCUCGUAAACCUUUAAUUCACAGUGGCCUGGGAGGUAGUGUUUUAGAUAAAUAUGACGAAAGUGGAGACGCUGAUUCACAAGGCGUCUACAAUAUUCUUUCCAAAAAUCUGAGUUUAAAGGCAAGACAUCUUGUGGUUAAAGCAAGCGAUGAAGGUACUAAUAAUACCUCUAAAAACACAUCAGAUGAAGAAAAACCAGAUAAUGCAAAUGUUGUGUUAGGAAAGACUUGGGAAAUUUCAAGGUAUUAGAACUAGUUGAUCACAAAGAUGC